GCGCGCGCUCCCGCGACUGCCGCAAACGUGGGCGGCCGCGCCACCCGGAAGCGCUUGCGACGGAAGUGCUGUUGUUUAAUCAGCUGAUGGUGAUGGAAGCGGCGACUGUUACUGUUCGGCGCUGAGACAGAGCCAACCGCCUCUCUGACCGCGGCUCCCUCCGUCCGGCCGCGACCGCCGCAUCGGCACUGCCUCCCACCCCUCUCUCAGCUCUGACACCCCCCGGGCGGAUAGGCACCCCAACACUCAUUCAGUCACCGGCUGGGGACCCCGUACCCCAUCCCCACCGACGUCGGGCCUCCUUCAGCCGCAGCUCGCAACAGGCGGCUUGGCCGGAUCCGUCUGACUCCUCUCCCGCAGCCGGGCCAAUGCUGGAUUUGGAAGUGGUGCCCGAGCGGUCACUGGGGAACGAACGAUGGGAAUUCGCUUUAGGAAUGCCAUUGGCUCAGGGUGUUGCUAUUCUCCAAAAGCACUGUCGCAUCAUCAAAAACGUACAGGUUCUCUACAGCGAGCAAUUGCCACUCAGUCAUGACCUCAUCCUUAAUCUGACUCAGGACGGAAUCAAACUACUUUUCGACGCUUAUAAUCAGAGACUAAAGGUGAUUGAAGUUUAUGACUUGAGUAAAGUUAAAUUGAAGUACUGUGGUGUGCACUUCAACUCUCAGGCUAUAGCUCCAACCAUAGAGCAGAUUGACCAGUCAUUUGGAGCAACUCAUCCUGGAGUGUACAAUGCAGCUGAACAACUUUUUCAUCUCAACUUUCGAGGGCUUUCUUUCUCCUUUCAACUAGAUUCCUGGAAAGAAGCUCCAAAAUUUGAGCCGAAAUUUGCUCAUGGGCUGGCCUCCCUGCAGAUUCCUCACGGUGCGACUGUGAAACGCAUGUAUAUUUACACUGCAAACAGUCUACAGGAUACAAAAGCUCCCAUGAUGCCACUGAGUUGUUUCUAUGGUAACAUCUAUGCAGAGACUGUUGAAGUUCUGAGAGAUCCAAUGGGACCCCUUGGCCUCCAACUGCGACUACUAACAGCAGGUUGUGGUCCUGGCAUACUAGCAGACACAAAAAUGCAUACAUUUGAACGCUGUGUGUAUUUUGGAGAUUCCUGCCAGGAUGUACUGAGCGCUUUGGGAUCUCCACACAAAGUUUUCUACAAGUCAGAGGACAAGAUGAAAAUCCAUUCUCCCUCCCCUCACAAGCAGGUACCCUCCAAGUGCAAUGACUACUUUUUCAACUACUUCACUCUAGGAGUGGAUGUUCUGUUUGAUGCCACAACACAUCAGGUGAAGAAAUUUGUGCUUCAUACCAACUACCCAGGUCAUUACAACUUCAAUAUAUACCAUCGCUGUGAUUUCAAGAUACCACUGGCAGUAAAACGAGAUGAAAGCACUGAUGCACACUCACAGCCAUGUAUUGUCACUACUUACAGCAAGUGGGAUGCAAUUCAAGAGCUGCUUGGACACCCCAUGGAGAAGCCAGUGGUCCUUCAUAGGUAUGAUCCUCUUCAGCAAACAACACAAACCCCUUCGGAUCAACCUUCUGCUUCGGACUGCAGCGCAUGAUAUUUGAGGUCAUGCAGAACAAUCACAUAGCAUCAGUAACGUUGUACAGUCCUCCCAGGCCCAACAGCCAGUCUCGAAACAGAGAAAUGAUCCAGUGAGCCUCUGCCUCAAUUGAACCAACCAGGACGCAACCGGUUCAGUACAGUGUGCCUUGGUUUGCUGUCGCGAUUGUAUAGAACAGCCAAUCUGAUCCACACCAGCCCUGGUCGCACAUGUACGGGGGGGGGGGGGAAGGGUUUCAGUCUGUCUCUGACCUCAUCGCUGGCGAUGGGACCCUGGCGAUGGGGUAUGUUGCUCCUUGCUUGCAUCAUGCCAAUUCCUCUCUUCAGUCGUACGCCACAGACCGAGGGGGCCCUGUCCUGUCCUGUGUCUGUCAAGGAUGAGGGCAAUGGAGCUGCAGACACAAGAAGCACAAAUUGUUGAGCCUCAAGGGCAGUGUUUCAGGUUUCUGUUAAUAUGUGUUACUGUUUGGUGUGAUACUCCAUACACUCAUAUUUCUGUGUCCCAGCACAGUAUGCAGAGAUGGAAGUUUGUUUGUGAGUUCAGCCACAGCCUAUCUCUGUAGCUUAGAAGGUAGCUUGUUUUAUAGAAUUUGUUGUAUCAUUGCACUACAUACACUUUAAUUACUUGAUUAAUGUGUUUUAUUGACGGAGGAGUGUCAGGGUAUAGUGCCAGCUAAUUAGGUGAGACUGGGGUGUGGAGAGGAGUCCAGUCCAUGUACACAGCCGGUCCUGCUGCUUGGUGGAGAAGUGGUGACUUGGUCACUUCACCUCUCGGUUGAAUCAAAAUGCAAUCCUGUCUGCCAUUUCUUGAAUUGCAUAUUAUUAAUUUGAUGCCAAAGACAUAUCUUCAACACACUUGGUUUCAUCGUCUCUCAGCGCUAUUUCAUUUGAUGGAAUUACACACCCCAGCGACAAUGCUGGCCACUGGCCGAUUUUGUCAGCCCACGGGAGAGAUUGCAUGCUGCACAAGCUCAGUGUGGAGAUUUCUGUUGUUUGCAGUAUUCUUGAAAGGUAUGUUCGUUCAUGGGAAGAUGUGAAGGUUCUCGGGCCUUUCCCUUGUCAAAAUAGUGAUUGUUUUCCUUUUUUUAAAUUAACUAAAUUUGUUAGCCAUGACACAUUUUCACAUCACACGUUGUAGCAACUUGUAAUAAAUGGACAAAUUUUGUGUGUUUACACUGUGUGUAAAAAUCUGUAAAUAAUACAUUUUGUAAUUUUAACAAAAUGUACAGGGAGUGCCUGUAUAGUCUAAUGCCGAACAAUGAGAAGGACGUAUUUUGAAUAGUAAUCAAUGUUUUCACUCUGGACCACUAGCAGGGAUAUGUGAUGUGUGUUUUUGUGAUAUUUCACAUUCUGUCUUCCUGUGUGAGCUGUGCGAUUCCAGACUGUUAUACUCAAUACACGUGGAUGUUGUUCACAGACUAUUGUUACUGUUUACUUUCAAAGCUACUGCUGUUCUCUGAUAGCUGUUAAUUCUUAACUGAACAGCUGAGUUUAGUGCUGUUUCUUGUGCUCUUUGCUUAACCAUGGAAACUAUAUGUGCCUCUUCAUUCACUUUUACUGCACUGUCCUGACUUUUCUUUUUAAAAAAGCAUAAUGUUUUGGGGAAAGGGGGUAAGAUGCACAUUAAGAGCAUGUAUUCUGCACCAUAAAUAAAACAGACUCCAAUUCCCUGUUUGUGACAA